UGAACGGACGGAAAAGAUUUCAAAGUAGUUGUAGAUCGAGUGGCUUGUGGACGUGGUGCCGAUGUUUCGCAUAAACCAUAACCGUUUUGUUGACUCUCAUGCAUAAUCGGGUCGUAUUUGUUUGUGCGACGUCGUAGUUGGCGGAUUUGUGGCUUGUUGUGACAGAUUGGUGACAUUUCUUGACGUUUAGUGCACGCUCGGUCAUACCGCUGCCGGUCAUUUCGAUAAAUUGGAUUUUUAAGCCGUUGCCUGGAUUUGGCGACCACUCGGAAGGUCAUCUCAGCUUGGAUCGGCUCGAACCCUCCACGUGCCGUGAACAAACACCAAUCCAUCGCUAAACGUUUCGGUAAACCGUUUCGGUCAACAUGCCUGGACGCUUCUAAGAAGGAAGAUGUUCGACAAUUUAAUCACGCGAAUCACGAGUCCUUCGUCGCGGAGGAGACAUACUUAUCACUGCCCCGAAGUCCACUCCGAUCCCGAAGAUAAUGAACCAGUAACGCCCAGAAAGCCCAGACUGCUGGAGCGGAGGAAAAAAGGUCGCAGAGGCGCGGAAUCCGGGCUGAGGCAAGCGAGGAGUUUGGGGCGGCUGGACGGACUGAAAGAGGCCGAACGUUUGGCGGACUACGGGCGCUUGCUGGGUGGUUCGCAGCCCUCCUUGGACGGUCGCAGGCGCGAUUUGGAUCGCAUACAAGACUUAUUUCCGCACGACUACCUUGGUCUGCAUGAUCCAGAACCCAAUUCAACGUACCACGUGAAGAAGUCGUUCCGGAAGAAGUCGCUGGGCGAUCUCAACCAGAUCGACAGCCACAGGGAGGCAUGCAACAGGAUAUUUUUGGUGGAGGCGCCAUGUGCGAUGUCUCCGCCACAUCUGCCACUGAACGCCAAACCAAGACAUCUUUUCCUCUUCUCGGAUUUGUUGCUGGUCGCCAAACCGCGGUCCACAAGCAGCUUUAAGCUCAAGGAAAGCGUUCGAGUAUCCGAACUGUGGAUAGCCCCUUGCCCUGAAUCCGAAACCGGGUUCCUCCUCGGCUGGCCCUCCCCCGCCAGAACCUACCUAGUGACAUUCUGCACCCAAGCAGCCAGAGACUCCUGGUGGCGAGAACUCCAGCAAGCCCUCGAAGCACAACUACGCUUAGAACCACCCACCACCAACAUCAAAGUCGUGUACAGAGACCCUUUAAGUGGAACCGAGUGUUCCAAAACGCUGGGUAUCGGCCCUGAGAUGAGUUCUGGAGAUGUAGCUCGACUAGCCUUGGACGAAUCCAGAAUAGGAGAAUGGGCCUACACCCUGUAUGCCAGAGACAGAGACAACGCUCCUUGUCCCUUAAUCGGGUGCGAAAGACCUCAUUCCAUCCAGUUAGCGAGGCUGAGGCAGUCGCUGUGUGCCGAAGAAGGCUUCGAUCUAACACACUGUAACAACAAUCGGAUACCGAGUGACAUAGUCUUCGAGCUCAAACCCAACAUCAAACCCUCACCCAGAAAAACCCCGUUGAAACUGUUCCGAAAGACCACCGGCCGGCUCUUCGGACUGCCUUUAUCUCGCCUUUGUACAAACAACGCCUUGCCCCCAGCCAUUACAGCGUGCCUCCGAGCCCUCUUCCAGAGAGGCCCCCACACCCAGGGUAUCUUCCGACGGUGUGCCUCAGCCCGGGCUCUUCGCGAGCUCCGCGAGAAGGUAGACACUCAAGGUGCGGCCGUUUGCGAGGAAAUCGCCAACACUCCGGCGCUGCUCCUCGCCGCUCUGCUCAAGGACUUCCUGCGAAGUCUUCCGGAACCGUUGCUGACCGGCAACGCUCAGGAAUGGUUGAACGUGGCCAGCAGCGGCCGCACCGACCAUCUACGACGAUUGCUCAAUCUCCUACCCCGCGAAAACCACUUACUCUUAGCCAACGUGAUCUGCGUCCUGUACAAUAUCGCCAAACGUGCCAGAUUCAACCUGAUGUCGGCGGCCAACUUGGGUGUGUGCGUUGGCCCGAGUUUGCUUUGGGAGUCCGUCCAGAACGCCCCCUUGCGGACGUUGCCCACACUGGUUGAGAUGUUAAUCAACAAUUGCCAGGUUUUGUUCGGACCUCAAGUCGUUUCGCUGUUGGGCGAGGUUGCCAACGAUAGCGGUGCCGAGGAGUCUGACAGCUUGCACUCACUGGGUCUUUCGUUAGACAGUGUCGAGUUGAGCAAGGACCAGAAAUCCCUCAGUCGCGACUCGGGGCUCACCCUCUCCGAGGACGACCGCGACAGUCCCGGACUGAACUACCACAACCCUUCCUUCCACCGCUCCGACUGGGCGCGGCAGGCCGCCAGGAUCCGGUCCCUGGACAACACCUGGAUAGAAGAAGACGAGGCUUUUUGCGCCUCCAAUGAAAGCCUGUGCGGGCCGCCUAUCCCACCGCGGCGACCGCCGCCCCUACGCCACCUGCCGCCGGUGCACUUGCCGCCCAUGUACCGACCGCCGCCGCCGCCGCCCCCGAUCUACGCCACCGCCAAGUUGCUGCUAGUUACGGAUGCCGAGAGCGAGAGUUACGUGUAGUGCCUUUUUUAUUUUUUUGCUCAAUUGAAACGAGGGUUUGUUGUUUCGAUUGACGGUAUGUACAGUAAAUUCAAUGUUGCAUUGAAGUUGUAUUAUAGAUGUUUCCGAUUUUCUGGAAGAGAGUUUUGUACAUUUGUAACAUAGUGUAACAUAGGGAUGUACUUCCGUAUUUUUGAAGCCAUAUUAUUGUAAGUUAGGGAAAUUUGUAAUUUUGCCAUGGUAUAGCCUGUUCGCGUUUUUGUAGACGACGUAGUUGUAGGUUUACAUAAAAACGUUGAUAAAUUUAACGAUAAUUUUGUAAUUCUAUUUUUUCAAAUACAGUAAGAGUAUAUAAUCUUGAA